AAUCUACCAGCUGGUUGUGAGUGAGAAGCCACCAAAACAGAAACUAGGAGAGGCUUCUCAAGAAGAUUCUGCCUACUCAAAACUCUAUUCUUUUUGUUGUUAUUGUUAUUGAGAAGCUAGGUGUCUGCCAUUUUAACAUUUCUUAUUUAAAGGGAAACCAUUGGAUUGAAAAUGAGACUAAAUGUCACCAUCUUCUUUGGGGCUCUCUUUGGUGCUUUGGGGGUUUUACUUUUUUUGGUGGCUUUUGGAUCGGAUUAUUGGCUUCUUGUGACUGAAGUGGGGAAGUGUUCAGGUGAACAGAAUAUAGAGAAUGUCACUUUCCACCAUGAAGGAUUCUUCUGGAGAUGUUGGUUUAAUGGGAUUGUGGAAGAGAAUGAUUCCAGUAUCUGGAAGUUCUGGUACACCAAUCAGCCACUGUCCAAGAACUGCAUGCAUGCUUACCUGUCGCCAUAUCCCUUCAUGAGGGGCGAGCACAAUUCUACCUCCUACGACUCUGCAGUUAUCUACCGUGGUUUCUGGGCUGUUCUGAUGCUCCUAGCAGUGGUUGCUGUGGUGACCGCAAGCUUUCUGAUCAUCUGUGCAGCGCCCUUUGCCAGCCAUCUUCUCUAUAAAGCCGGGGGAGGCGCAUAUGUUGCUGCAGGCGUCCUGUUUUCACUGGUGGUGACACUGUACGUCAUCUGGGUCCAGGCCGUGGCUGACAUCGAAAGCUACAAAAACAUGAAAAUGAAAGACUGCGUGGAUUUUACCCCUUCUAUUCUCUAUGGCUGGUCAUUUUUUCUGGCCCCAGCGGGUAUAUUGUUUUCUUUGCUCGCUGGGCUACUAUUUCUAGUUGUUGGGCGGCAUAUUCAGAUUCACCACUAAUCAGGCUAUUGCUACCAGUGUUUUCUUGAGAGAGUUUAAAACAACAAAUUUUUAUUUUUCAUUUUGUUUCAGUGACCCAGGGUAGAGUUAAUUGGUGAAACUUUUUAGUUGCUAUUCAAAUUAACCAUUUACUUGUGAUUUCCUCCGAUAAGAAGGUUCUAGAAUCUCUCCAGACACCAACCUGUUUCCACCUUAUCUAAAUGCUAUCAAAAACCUGGUUCUUUAGGGAGCAGGUAACAGGGCCUCCUUUUCAAUUGCACUGGUUAGAGUUCGCGCAGAAUGCGAAUAUGAUAGCAUAAUAUCAGCUGGGGCAAAUCAGGACUUGAUUUAAAGCCUCCUUGGCAUUUACUUCUGUUGCUACCUAGAAAAAAUCUUUGGAGAAUAAUUAAGAAUGGAAGCAAAUGUCAGAGAAUUUACUCCGUUUCUUCUCUGCACACAUAUAUUUCCACAUACACGUUCACUGGCUCCUGUGAGCAAAGUAUUCGUUACUUAAAAAUGGAUAGCAGUUAUUCUUGUAGCUGGGGCCACACAAACUCAUCAGUUAAAAUGGGCCACAACAAAACUAAGAAUGUGUACUUUUUCCACUUUCUUACCAACAGUAGUUUGGAUACCUAAUUUCAUUCAGUUAAUUUUACAUCAACCUUAAACUAUAUUUAAAAGUAGCAGAUCUGCACAGCAAAUUACCUAUGAUACUGAUUGGAUUUUUAAGAACUUAAAGUGAGUUAAUUGUAUACUUAAUAUGGUUGAAAAUAUGUAAAAAGCAAGAACCUUAGCUUAGUAUAUAACUCUAUUUGAUAUUUUAAAAUUCCCAUUUAAAAUUAUAUUGCUAAUAUGUUCAGCAUGUGAAAAUUCAUUGAUGAAAUGUGCUUUUUCAUAUGCUCGAAAUAGUUCCGUAUGAGGAACUUUAUUAAAGACUAUGAAAUAUGAAUUUUCCCCAAGAUUUCAAGGGUUGUAGUUCUUCUGAUCAUUUGAUUCCCUUAAUUAUCGUCUUUCAAUUCCUCCAUCUUGACAACAGGUAUAUUAACAUUUAUAGAUUUGUGAUUUCCUUUAACCUCUUGAAAGAAAACUUUUGCUUUUGGCAGUAGGGGUGGGGGUCAGAGUGGAAUAAUUCUGUAUUAUUUACUAGCAUAGACAUUUUGCAUAUCACAGAGGUUUAUUUGGCACCAGUUUUCAUUGAACUCAAAUCCAUCUGAGAAACCUCAGUCCUGUUUGGAAGCCUUCACCAGGGAGAGCUUGGUGGUAGCGAAGGAACCAAGUACAGUGUGGUAGUGAGCUGUGUUCCAGGGGCAGUGUUUUACUCCACAGCUGUUGUGACUCUGAAGGCAGGACUCAGAGGUAAAUUAAGGGUGAUCACCUGGAAGGUGCUGUGGGAUCGAGGGACUGUUGCCUUCUAUCCAGCUGUCCCCCAGUGGAGAGAUUGCCAGAGUCUUCUCUCCACAUCUCUUACUUUCCGUUAAACCAUGUUUCAAUGGGAGUGGGGGAUUUCUGGAGGAAUAGCAAAACAAUAGUAAGGAGAGGCAUUUUAGUGAUUAAGGACAGUUAGGACUGCAUGUAGUAAAAACAAAAAUAACAACAAUAAAAAGCUUCAGGGGUUUAACUGCUUUCUCAAGCCAUUUCAGUUUAUAUCAUAAACAAUUUGGUGGCACUUUCCUUUCUCUUCUUCUGUUUCAUUUUUAUAUUGCUUCAUUUAUUUCUUUGCUUUUGGCUUGAUUAUUAGAAAAGUAAUUAUGGGUUCUAUUAUGCAUAUUGACUGUGAUAUUAAGUUAUGGCAUGCCAUUAAGUUUUCCAGACGAUGCUAGAUGUAUUUGAUUAGUUCGUGUCAUCUGUAAAUACAAUUCCGUUUUGCAGAACUUUGGAAUGGAGCCUUUUCCUGCUGUAUUAUAUGUCAUUUAAUUUUCAUAUACAAGUUGCGUUCAGUAAAGGUUUGAACAUUUAUAAAUUUCA